UACUUGUUCUAAACUUCCUAUAUUCUGUAAUAAAUAAACAAGAAUAGAUGAGUGAAUUAGAAUCAAACACCCUGGUGACUGAAUCUUUGAACUGGGCCAUCUCAGACUUCUUCAACUCUUAAAUCUUGCUGACCAGAACUCUUGUCUGUAUUGGAGUUGUGGCUGAAAGGAAGGUGUUGAUGACAAGUGCCAUUUGAUUGACAUUGGCAACAAAUGUUGGAUGUUAUGGAUAAGAUGAAAGAAAUUUUGAGUAGCUUAAAUUCGAAGAAGAAUGGCGAGAAGGAAGAUUCAGGUGUGAAUAUUCCGGCCAUGUGUAGCUUCUUGGUUCAGCUUCCUGAACAGCUUAGUAGAAGACUAAAGUCGCAAUUCACAAGGUCGAAUAAAGAAGAGGAUGGAAUUUCGGGAACCUUGACAAGGAAGCACAAAGCUUCAUCGUCUAUAGUAGAUGUUAGUCUAGAAGAACAACUUCGUGCCUGGAAAGAAAAUCCUUUCUGGAUUCAACAACCCCCUGAUAUCAAGGUCACUGUUCCUAAAGGUUCUUUAAGCCAUCUGAAUCUUGAUGUAAAUGUCGGGUUGCCACCUGAUGCAUUAUUUAACAUUGUCACGGAUCCUGAUAAUAAGAGGGUGUUCAAAAAUAUAAAGGAAGUAAUAUCCAGAAAAGUUUUGGUUGAUGAAGGUACGAGGCAAGUGGUUGAAGUGGAGCAAGCAGCUUUAUGGAGAUUUCUUUGGUGGUCAGGGACAAUCUCAGUUCAUGUAUUAGUUGAUCAAAACAGGGAAGAUUAUACGAUGAAAUUCAAGCAAUUGAAGGCAGGAUUUAUGAAAAGAUUCGAAGGCUGCUGGAAAAUGGAGCCACUGCUACUUGACACAGAACUCUGUCAUCCCCUUAAACCUGAAACAGUGAAGGAUUAUGUAUCAUACACCAAAGGCAAAGGAAGAAUCGGAUCAAAGUUAAGCUUGGAGCAAAUUAUCGAGCCGGCAAUAGUCCCUCCACCACCUAUUUCCUGGUAUAUCAGAGGAAUUACAACUAGAACUACAGAGAUGCUGAUAAAUGAUUUGCUUGCUGAAGCUGCCAGAAUUAGAGGAUUCUCUAGCAAUGAAAACACUAUUGAGCAUGUAAUAUCUGAGAAAAUAUAUGAUAAAUGCCAGUUAGACGAAUUAUCUGACAUCAAAGAAAGAUGGACAAUGCGAAGAAAAAUUUCAAGACAAUCUAAUAAAAGGUUGCUUUUGGCUACAAAGAUACAAGGGUAAUAUUCAUGUGCCAUCUUCCUUUGGUAGUUAAGCUUGUUGUAUAUGACAUUUUACAUUAUUCAGCUAUAUAUUGUCAAGAAUCCCAUCUGUUUCUAUUUACAUAAUAUAUAGUUUGGGCUCUUUGUGUU